UACAAUUGUCUUUGGUUUUGUCCUCAAUUCUGUAAUUAUGGAGUUUCACCAAGUGUCGGCAGUUUCAAAUAUCUAUCUUAUUAUUAUUAUGUUUUUAGGCUUGGAAUAAGGAAUUAUUUUUCAAGUAAAUUUGUUCUUUGUCAAAUGAAACUGUGACAACUCAAGAUGGUGUAAAACAUCUAUGAUAAAUGUGUGGUGAAGGUGAGAUGGAGAAGGGAGGAUUCUUUAUAACGAAUGUUGAGUUUUCUUGCAGUAAAGAAAGCCUUAAAAGGAUACCUGUGAACAUUGAUAAACAUUUGUCAUGCUUUGGAAAAGAUGAAACAGGAAACACGCUAGUUUUUCUCAGACUCUCUCUGAAGGAUGAAGGUUUGACUAGCAUCAGUGGGGUUGAAGAGUACAGUCAUCUUCAAUAUGUUGACUUCAGUAAUAAUCGUCUCACAGAUCUGAAACCUCUUGGAUCGCUUCCAUUUCUUCUUGAACUGAAUGUUUCUCACAAUUGUUUAACAAACCUUCUGGACUUCAGUCCACCAUGGAAUCUAAUGAAGGCAGACUUCUCCUAUAAUAAUAUCAGUCAGAUUGAAGAUUUAUCAGAAUUUCAUACACUGUGUGUUCUUAUUUUAAAAAACAACAAGAUUUCAGAGUACAGAGGGCUUCACAAUUGCAAAAGUCUGUCUGAUCUGGACCUGUCCAGUAACUGUCUUACAAAAGUUUCUUUUCUGAAAUGUCUUCCUCUUGUUAGGCUGAAUCUGAGCCACAAUAAAAUCAGAUUCAUUGAAAACUUGGAAAACUUAAAGUUUCUCCAAGAGCUAAAUCUCAAUUGCAAUCAGAUUUCUAGCCUAGAGAGCAUUAACAGUUGCUAUGCUUUAUCAUCUUUACAACUGGAAGACAAUCAGUUGUUAGAUUUGUUGCAACUCCAUCACCUUGGUGGACUUAAGCUUUUAUUCAAACUGAGUCUGAAGAGUAACAAAAUCUGUGAAAGAGUGGGCUACUUUGACUGGGUACUGACAACUCUGCCUCAGCUGAGAUGGCUAGAUGGUACUAGGUUAACUGUGACAGAUAAGGUUUUAACAAAAAAUAAGGUACAGCCUCCUGUGGAUUUGCAAGCUUCUACUGACCACCUUACAAAUAUAAUCUUGUCCUAUUUACAGCCUGCUAAGCUUCGUGCAAGCUUUCUCACAGAUAAGCCUUAUCCUACUUUGUUGGUGGUAGGCCCACGAGGAUCAGGAAAAUCUUAUAUUGUUCAAAAGCUGCUGGAAGAAUUUCCUAAAGAUUUUGGCUAUCUGGUGGCUCACACUACUAGAAACAAAAGAGAGAAAAUAACUGAACGGAAGUACUAUUUUGUAAGUUCUGCUGAAUUUAGAGAUCUAAUGUUGAAGGGAAGCUUUCUUCAAACUUGGCAGAGUCCAGAAGGAGAAAAAUAUGGGCUAACUUGGAAUGCUAUUGACAAUGUAGCAAGUGAAAAAAAAUGUUGCCUGGGAUCAAUGGAACUAGAGGGGGCUCUGUCUCUGUCGUAUAGUCAUCUUAAACCUAUACUGAUCUUGGCUUUCCCAGAAAGUGAAAGCAUUCAUAGACUUCAGCUUAACAAGCUACAAGGUAAUGAAACCCACUCUCAGUGGGCAAUAUCUCGAAGACACACAUACCAGAAAUACCAACAAGACUAUCCAAAAUUGUUUGCAGUUGUAGUAAACACUGAUAAUCUCCAGGAAGCAUAUCAACAAGUGCGACAGUUUGUAACUUCACAAGGAAACAUAGUAAAAAACUAUUAAUGUAUGUUCUGUGCUACUCUUGAAAAGAAAUUGUUCUUGAUAUCAUUUUACUGUAGUUAUUGUUGUAUUUUGUUUAACAAUAAUUAGUGUUUAUUUAUUAUUUAUGAAUGUAUUUGUAAUCCUUAUUAUUAAAAGUUA